UUGUCUCCCUCUUCGAAAGUGCAGCGUUCUCUAGACUCAGCUGCUGCGAGUCUCGUCGAACGGGCGCAAGUUAUACUCCUUCAAGAUUUGUUGCUUAAUAUUAUCAUCACCACUGAGUGUAAACACGAUUUUCUCAGCUAUAGCAGAUGCUGAUCUGGAGUCAGCAUGAAGGAGAUGGCGAAGAUGCUUUUCCUGGCCCUACCACUAAUGGUAGGGGUACUUGCCUCUGCAUCUGCUGAGAAAGAAGUAGAUGAAGUUCCUGAGGAAUCCAAACUUGUUAAGUUCUUCCCUGAGAACUUAGGCUUACCUGACCCCCUUCUUCCAGUGAGGAAUGUAAGAGCAUUCCCCAACGUGCAAAAGUCCAAAGGAACGUUAUUAGAGGAGAGAAGCAGAGAUAGAAGAGAGCAGAAUCAGAAGAAGGAAAAGGAGAAAAGUCAAAAGACACAAAGGGGUCCCCAAGGCAAAUCAUCGGAGAACAGAAAGAAAAUACCAAAUAAGGGACCAGCAUUUAAAAGAAAAUCCAGCUCUCAAGUGAAGAAUGUUAAUAAACAAGGCACUGGUCAAAGGAAACCAAUAGUUAGAAAUAAAGACAGAAAUGGUAAAAAGAAUGGUAAAGAUCGUAAAGAGAAAAAGAAAAGGAAGAAAAAGAAGAAAGGCAAUGGCAAUAAUGGAAAGCCUAAUAAAGGCAAAGAUAAACCUGACAAGAACAAUGGUGAAAAGCCAGAUUUGGAACAUAAUAAAUACACGAACGUCGUGCCAUGGAUAAGCAUUUCUGAGGUUGUCAUAGAUAAACAAGGAGAAACCUGUCCUACAAAUUCGGUGUGUCAGCAAAUGGGUGGCCACUGCGUUCAUUUUGAACUUGCAAAUGUCUUCAACUGCGAUUAUGUUUACAACAACUGUGAUGGCUCUGACUGUCGUUGCUGUGUUGGUGGCAAACUUGCAAACGGAGGUUCUGGUAACCUUGUGUCUGGUGCAGAAAUUGCUUCCGGAAACGAUAACCAGUGGCGCUACUGUGACUUGACCUCUCAGUGCUACCAGCCAGGUGAGGCAUGUGUCAGUGCAAAUGUAGCCAACUCUUACAACUGUGACAGUAUUUUGAAUACAUGUGGAAGUGACUGUUACUGUUGUAUUGGAGGAAAACUUGGCAACUCACAUGUUGGUGGUCAAGCUGGGGGAGGAGGAGCAGGAGGAGGAGGUUCUGGAGGAGCUGGGGGAGGGUCUGGAGGGGCAGGAGGUUCUGGAGGAGCUGCAGGAGGGUCUGGAGGGGGCGGAGGAGGUUCUGGAGGAGCUGCAGGAGGGCUGGAGGGGCGGGAGGAGGAACUGGAGGGGUAG